AUGUCCCAUUUACCCCCAGAAAUCCUCAUACAUAUCCUAAAGCAUCUGCAUUCACCCCGAGAUCUCUAUCACGCUCUCCUCGUUUCUCGCUCCUGGUGCGAGUGCUCUGUUGAGUUGCUGUGGCAUAGACCUAGCUUCACCAGGCUGUCUACUCUCGUCAAGAUGAUGCGUGUACUCAGUCGUGGCGAUCAGACCUUCACAUAUGCGCACUUCAUCCGCCGUCUCAACUUCCUUUUCCUAGGCGCGGACCUUACCGACGCCCUAUUUUCUCGUCUUGCACAGUGCGACAGACUGGAACGUUUGACGCUUGUGAACUGCGGUUCGAUAUCAGAUGAUGCUCUGGCCCGCGUCCUCCCCUGCCUCCCCAACCUGGUCGCCAUCGAUCUCACGGGUGUCUCCGAGGCCUCAGAUAAAGUCAUUGUCGGUCUUGCGUCCGCUGCCAAGCGUUUGCAAGGCAUCAACCUCAGUGGUUGCAGGAAAGUGACGAACGUGGGUGUCUUUGCACUGGCAGCAAAUUGCCCUCUUCUUAGGCGUGUCAAACUCAGUGGCGUUGAGGGCGUCACGGACGAACCGGUCUCUGAGCUGGCCAAGUCUUGCCCACUGUUGCUUGAGAUCGAUCUCAACAACUGCAAACUGAUAACAGAUGCAUCUGUUCGUGAUUUGUGGAUACAUUCCACACACAUGCGUGAAAUGCGCUUGUCGCAAUGUGUGGAGUUGACUGAUGCUGCCUUCCCCGCUCCUCUGAAAUCUGAAGCAUCCAAUGCUCCCCGUAUAAAUUCGUUUCCACCUUCUAUGACGCGAUACUCCGAGGAGUUGCCACCCCUCGUUUUGAACCGAUCUCUAGAUCACCUACGUAUGCUGGACCUUACGGCAUGUUCUCUUCUUACGGACGAUGCUAUUGAAGGUAUUAUAUCCCAUGCACCGAAGAUCCGAAACCUGGUCUUGUCAAAAUGUGGUCAGCUAAGCGACAGAACUGUCGAGAACAUCUGCUUACUGGGGAAGCAUCUUCAUUAUCUACAUCUCGGUCAUGCCAUCAACAUCACCGACCGUUCUAUCAAGACCCUUGCUCGAUGCUGUACACGUUUGCGUUACGUCGAUUUUGCAAAUUGCGUUCUUUUAACAGACAUGUCUGUAUUCGAGCUUUCCAGUUUGCCCAAACUACGCCGUAUUGGUCUUGUUAGGGUUAAUAAUCUGACCGAUGAAGCGAUCUAUGCACUGGCUGACCGACAUGGUACUCUUGAACGUAUUCACUUGUCAUAUUGUGACCAGAUCUCUGUCAUGGCCAUCCACUUUCUGCUACAAAAGCUUCACAAGUUAACUCAUCUCAGUCUCACUGGGAUACCGUCUUUCCGUAAAACCGAGUUACAACAAUUCUGUCGUCAGCCACCUCAAGAGUUCAAUAUGAGCCAACGUGCUGCGUUCUGUGUAUAUUCGGGUAGUGGCGUUGCAAGACUGAGAGCAUAUCUCACAGAACUUUUCAAUACAAUUACAGAGGACAUGAAUGCAGACGAUGAAGACACGGAGUAUGAUGACGACGUCGAGCAGUACCCUAGCGAAGGUAUUGCCGAUACUGAGUUAGAGACAGGAAAUGAAGGUGAUGAUGAAGACGUUGCGCGGGGAAGUAGGUCUGUUGUAUAUCAGAGUGGUGCACACUCUGCGGCACGAAAUGAUCGUUCCGAACCAGUUAUCACGCAUUUCUCCCAACAUCCAGAACUCGCCAUUCAGCGUGAUCAAACUGUACGACCUAAUCCUGCACUGGCCGUCAUCCCUGCAGCUCCAAUUUUCACACCGCCUCAUCCUAAUGUCAUCCGCAUGGAUCCGUCAGCUGCGGCUGGCCCUUCUAAUGGCAACCAGCGCAGAGUACGAAGUUUUGGACACCAGCCAGUGGUAGAAACUUCUACAUCUCCUACACCAAGUGAUGUAGCAUCUAAUCGCAGUACGGGUACCAACCAAUCUAAUGGUGCAGGAUUCUUUCGCACAUACAAUGAAGUUGCUACUUCCUCAAGGAGCAACGGCGCUUUGACCCCAGAUUAUAUAUACGCUGAAAUUGGUCACGGACGUGGGGCCGGGAGUAUGUCUUCACACGGACAUCUAGCUAUGUUACCUCAAAGCUUCGCAAGACAUAGCUUCAGCGCAUCUACGGGCUAUGAUGCCCCAACUGGGCCGUCUCCGCCGGGUAUCACUCAGGUGAUGCAUUCGCAUUCCGCUGAUGGUCCUCCAGACUUGCAUAAUGUUGAUCGCGGACGCUCAAUGGCCGAGUCUUCAGCUGCGCCUUAUCGCGUAUCUGUACCUUCGAACGAAAAUGUCUCUUGGCCACAUAUGCAACACGAGGGCACUUCGCCCACAUCAACUUCACCCAUUACGAGAGAAUUGCAUGAAUCUGUUCAAUCUGCUCUAGGCCCUCAACCUACUGAGAGCCGUGAAGGAGAUGGUAGAGGGAGGAGCGUGAAGAGGAGUCUGCGAAACACAUUCAAUGCUGCAGAGCACUACGCAACAUCAUUCUUGUUUGGUCGUGCAUCUGCUUCCAACACUCACGUAUAUGAGGUGAACCCGAGCAAUGGCUGGAGCAAUGGAUCUGGGAACGAUAACCAACCACGAUAGAGAUUACGCAUAUGUUAUGUUCAUGGAAACAGACUCGACAAAGAUUAUGUAUCACUGUCACAGGGAAGGUUCUUUGGAGUCGGCGUGCCCAUUCUUACUAUGAGAUUGUACACCGCACGAUCGGAUGUUAUUUUCGAAGCUUUUGUCUGUAAUACUCUCUCCUGUCGCCUGUCGCCUUAUUAUUACUGUUUGUAUUUUUUCCCCUGUCAAGCAAAAUGUUGUGUUUUUACUAGUGGUACUUUAUUCGCUGUCAUCUGGGCCUUUAAAAAUUUAAGAUAAAUACACAGGGAUUGCUA